UAGUGAACCAUUUAAAAAAAAAAAUUAUUAGUGCUCCAUUUUUUUUGUUUAUCAUCAUCUUUUGACGUUUCCUUUAUUCUUGUCAAUUUUUUUUGACGUUUUCUACAUCUAUUUAACUUUCUGGAAUUUCUUGCCAUAUGCCACUAAAAUUUUGGUUAUGAGCUAGAAUUAAUAGGAUUUAUUACAACCCUUAUAUUUUUAACAUGCAAAGUUAUUUAUUUUAUUUAAUCACAAUUUUGGGGAAAGGUGUGAUCAGAAGGUUAUAUAUAGGUGGGUGAGCUUUGGUAAGCUUUUGACAUAACUUGCAAGCCGUAUAUACUUUCCAUCCUCAAUCACUUUAUUUCGCCGCUCUCUCAGCUCUCUACUCUCUUUUAUUUCACAAUCCCUUCAAACAUACAUACAGUAAAACAUACCAUACGGAACAACAAUAGCACUAUAGCAAGAAAAAACGCAAUAAUAUUUAAUGGGGAGGCAGCCAUGCUGUGACAAGCUAGGGGUAAAGAAAGGGCCGUGGACGACGGAGGAAGACAAGAAGCUCAUAAAUUUCAUACUCAACAACGGCCAUUGUUGCUGGCGUGCGCUGCCGAAGCUGGCCGGUCUCCGCCGCUGUGGGAAAAGCUGUCGCCUCCGAUGGACCAACUACAUCCGGCCUGACUUGAGGAGAGGCCUUCUCUCUCACGAGGAGGAACAACUUGUCAUCGAUCUUCAUGCUCAUAUUGGCAAUAAGUGGUCUAAGAUAGCUUCAAGAUUACCAGGAAGAACAGAUAACGAAAUAAAAAACCAUUGGAACACUCACAUCAAGAAAAAACUUGUUAAGAUGGGAAUCGACCCUGUGACCCAUCAACCUCUAAACCAAGACCCUAAUAGUACCGAUAACCCCAAAAACAGUUGUUCAGUUUCCGAUGAUAUCUCAAUGGUUACAAAGAGUAGCAGCACCAAAAACAUAGAGACAAAUGGGACGACAACAGAAGACGAAAGCAUCAGCACAAUUACUGAUCAAAACAGUUCCAUGGAUAAUGAUAAUCAUCAACUUAGUAACAUUUAUAAUGAUGAAGAAUUUUUUAGCUACUUAUGGUCAGAUGAGAGUACUAAAGCUGAGACUCCGUGGAGUGAUAGUAACUAUGACGUUGGUGGAACAUUAUAUCAUGAUAAUAAUGUUUCUUGCGCAGGAGCAGAUUUUCCGAUAUGUUCACCGGAAAGAAUCAACGGCGUGGAUUGGACGUUUCAGGAUUAUUGUCAAGACUUUGGUGUACAUGAUUUUGGGUUUUGACUCCUUCACCAUGACAGGGCCGGACCUGAGAAUUACCGGCCGAGAAGCAAAAUAUUUUUUUUUUGUCCUUUACUUUACUUUUAAAAAAAACAUGAAAAACACUGGAAAGUGUAGAGAGAAGAUUCAAACCCGGCCUCCAUUAGAUAAUAUAUUGCAUCAUUUCCGGUAGACCAAAGACCACCUUAUGUAUCUUUUGGCUUCUAAAAUUAAUAAUUAUAGUCCGGCCCUAAAGCAGAUGCUUUACAUGCUUCUAUUCAGGCCCGGCCCUGCAUAUAGGAAACUAUCACAAGCAUCAAUUAGUGUCAUAUUUUCUGCAUGCCUAGAAUAUACAUAUAUGAAUAAUUAUACGCAUAUAUAUACAAACGCAUACAAAUAUAAACAUAUACUCCAAGUAAAGCAGCAAGGGGGUGCACCAUGGAUUUCCAGUGUUCUUAACUAGGGUUAUGUUGUACGUAAAGUUCGUCAAAGUCAAGAAAAUACUAUAAAAUUAACUCCAUCUGUUUUGUAAAAUUGAUUAUUCACAUGUUCUCAAUCUCAAAUCCCAAGAAAGUCGUAUAAGUAUAAUGUGAAUGUAUGUCAUCUCCUGCAUAUUUUUGUAUUUUUGUCUUUUCCUUACAAGUAGAUAAGUUGUAUGCAUACGGAAUAUGAUACCUCUCUAUAUUAAAAAAGAAGCUUUACAACAUUUUAGCUAUAACAGGUUUUAUCAUUAGAAUGCUUUUUAAAAUCUCUAGAAAAAUAUGUUGGUCCACUAAACUUAUAAUUAUAUAAUUUUUAUUAUACUAACCAUAAACGAUGCCAAAAAAAAAUUAAACGAACCAUAAAUUAAUUAACAAUCUACAAUUAAUAUUUUUCAUUAUUUCCAUAAAUAAAAGCUACGGAAUUACCAAAAGUGAAUAGAAUAUAUAUUUGAAAAUUAAUGAU